CGAAUAUUGUUGCUCACUCCAUAAAUAGAUAGCAUGAGCUACAAUAACCAUCACAAAACAUUUUUUCCAAUGGCAAAAUCCAAACAUGUUCUGUCUCUCAAACUAUCAAUCACCCUUCUCAAUCUUCUCAUUGUAGCUGCCACAGCCGCAGUGACCAAUGGUUUGGAUACUCCAUCGUCCAAAAUCUGGCGUCCCUGGCCAUUCAAGAAACUCAACAAACCAGUGGUGUUAAUGAUAUCCAGCGAUGGUUUCCGGUUCGGGUAUCAAUUUAAAACCGACACACCAAACAUCCACCUUCUCAUAUCUGAAGGAACCGAAGCCAAAUUAGGUUUAAUCCCGGUUUUCCCCACCAUGACAUUCCCAAACCAUUACUCAAUCGCAACUGGACUCUACCCUGCUUACCACGGUAUCAUCAUGAACAAGUUCACUGAUCCAAUAACCGGAGAAACGUUCAACAAAGGCUUAGACCCGAAAUGGUGGUUAGGUGAGCCGUUGUGGGCAACCGCAACAAACCAAGGUCGCAAGGCUUUGACUUACUUUUGGCCAGGCUCUGAAGUUCCCAAAGGUUCUUGGACUUGUCCUAAAGAGUUGUGUCCACAUUUCAAUCUUUCUGUUCCUUUUGAAGAAAGAGUCGAUACAAUCUUGAACCAUUUCGAUCUCCCUGAGGAAGACAUCCCUGACUUGAUGAUGUUGUAUUUCAAUGAGCCGGAUGGAGCGGGACACAACUAUGGUCCUGAUGAUCCUAGGGUUACGCAGGCGGUUGCGAAGAUCGAUAAAAUGAUCGGUAGGAUCAUCCAGGGGCUGAAGAAGAGGGAGAUCUUCGACGAGGUUCAUGUGAUCUUGCUUGGUGAUCACGGAAUGGUUACUAACUGUGACCUAAAAACAAUUUACAUUGAUGAUUUAGCAGAUUGGGUCAAGAUCCCUGCGGAUUGGAUUCAGGCUUAUAGCCCGGUGCUAGCGAUGAACCCGAACUGGGGGAAAGAUGUGAAGAAUCCAGGAGAGAAGAACGCAGAACUCGUGGCGAAGAUGAACGAAGCUUUGACCUCAGGGAAGGUCGAGAACGGAGAGUUCUUACAAGUUUACUUGAAGGAGAAGUUACCGAAAAGGCUACAUUAUUCCGAGAGUUCUAGGAUUCCACCGAUCAUAGGAAUGGUUGGAGAAGGUCUCAUAGUUAGACAGAACAGAACAGGCGUUCAUGAAUGUUACGGAGAUCAUGGAUACGACAACAAAUACUUCUCCAUGAGGUCUAUCUUUAUGGGACAUGGUCCUAGGUUUAGGAAAGGGAAGAAAGUGCCAUCGUUCGAGAAUGUUCAGAUCUACAAUGUUGUUGCUGAGAUUCUUGGACUCCAACCAGCUCCGACCAAUGGUUCUUCUUUGUUCACUAGAAACAUUCUCUUGCCCUUUGGAGAGACACGGGACGUGGAGUGA